CUGAUGCCGCGUCUGUCAACAAGAAAACUCUGUCCAGUUUCUCACUGAUACCUAACUCCUCAGAGGUACCCUGCUCUUCACUGGUGCCCUGCUCAGAAGUGCCAACUUCUCAUACGUGCCAAGACUCAUCUCGCUGACAGGUGUUACACCUGUCAGGAAACAUAAAUAAACACAUUUUAUAAAUUUAUAACUGCACGCGAGUCAUAAAUUUAAGCCAGGAAAUGUACAUGUUGACUGUGACAUUCUCCACGUGACCUCUCAGUGGAGCACGGCAAGGAAGGUAAAAGCUAUUCUAACAGACAUUGACAAGGUAUGGAGUUUGCACAAUUACCAAUUAAUACAUUUUCUUGACAAGUUAAACAUCUGGAACAUUGUCCACGGCCUUCCUCCAGGACACCACGGCUUUUCACAUUAAAAUUAAACGCUUUCAGCUUGUAAAUAUUUUCCUGAAUUAUUCCGGUGUAGCGAAUAUUUCUCGCCAGUGUUGUGGUGUGACGCACAUCAGGAGCAGAGUAGUCCGUUCUUGCGCAUACAGACAGACACAAGAGGUUACCAUUAUGUUUAAUAUCAAACAAAACCUGAAUCUAAUACAAUACUUUCACAAAACUAAGAAGGCAGUGAAUUUUCGAUAAUAUAACCAAUCAAAUAUUAUUUUCAAACUAUGUCAUGAUAUCAAGUACAAAGUAUGACAAUUGUAUUUUGAUAGUAUAAUAACUAUGAAGAGUGAAGACUCAAAACUUUCACUCAUCAGAUCCAUUAGUUACGACACUUAUUGCAGUGGAAAUUAAGUAUUGAAUAUUAUUUGAAAAGACUAAUUAUACUUUAAAGUAUACUUAAAACAGAACUUUAAAGUGGCCAUAUUAGCAGGGAGGACUGUAGUGGUAUUGUGUAGGUCUACUAUGGCGGGCACCACCUUCCACACAACUACCACAACUACUACCACCAUUUACUCCCCCACCAACGGAGACCGCUAUCUUCCUCUAGUUCUACCGGACAAGACCCCUUUUCAGAGUGUGGUCGGUUCGCUGGUGAACACAAGUGCCCAGGGCUCCGCCAGCCUCAUUCACACCCUGUGGCAGAGUCCUGAAACCCACACCCUGUGGCACACCCUCGCUGGCUUCAUUGAGACCUCGAACGCCAGAGACAACUUGGCCAUGGUAGAGAAUGUGACCAACGACAGCUUGUACGUGAACGACACCGGAGAGUACGUGCCGUUCAACGACACCGGAGAGUACGUGCCGUUCAACGACACUGGGAAGUACGUGCCGUUCAACGACACCGGAGAGCACGUGCCGUUCAACAACACCGGGGAGUACGUGCCGUACAGCCAGCGGCCGGAGACGUACAUCGUGCCGCUGGUGUUCGCCGUCAUCUUCAUCGUGGGAGUGAUUGGUAACGGCGCCCUCAUCGUCAUCUUCGUCAGGAACAAGAACUUGCGUAAUGUGCCCAACACAUACAUCAUCUCCCUGGCUCUAGGGGACCUGCUGGUCCUCUUCUUCACCGUGCCCUUCGUCUCCACCAUCUACACCAUCGAGUCCUGGCCCUACGGUACCUUCGAGUGCAAGUUUAGCGAGUUCGUGAGGGACAUCUCUGUUGGGGUGACAGUGUUCACCCUGACGGCUCUUGCUGCUGAUCGCUACCUGGCCAUCGUCUCCCCAGUGAGGAAGGCCGUGGGAGCAGCUCGAGGCGUGACGGUGCGCGCAGCUGUCAGCAUCUGGCUGGUGGCUGUCCUCCUGGCGACACCUGCUGCAGUGCUCUCCCACGUCAGGGUCUUCGAGGUGUCGGAAAAGAAGUCCAUCAGCGUGUGCUUCCCGUUCCCAGAGCACUUUCCCAAUUGGUACGAGCAGGCCACCAUCCUGACGAAGGCCUUAAUCUACUAUCUCCUUCCUCUCAUCGUCAUCGCCACCUUCUACCUCCUGAUGGCGCGGCAUCUCUUCGCCUCCAACGUCCCAGGAGAGUCUCAUGUUUUUCACAGGCAGAUACGCACCCGCAGGAAGGUUGCCAAGGUCGUCCUGUGCUUCGUGUUGAUAUUUGCCGUCUGUUUCCUGCCGACGCAUGUCUUUCUCCUGUGGUUCUACUUCGACCCUCAAGCCUCAGUCAAAUAUAACGAAUUCUGGAACGCUCUCCGGAUCGUCGGCUUCUGUUUUAGCUUCAUUAACUCGUGCAUCAACCCAAUCGCUCUAUACUGCAUCUCGGGCACCUUCAGGAAGCAAUACAACCGGUACUUGUUCUGCUGCUGCUGGUGGACUGUCAGCCGGAGAAAUAUGGACUCGCUUCGCUCCAUGCGGUCCAAUGGUUCCAGGUAUAGGUGCUCGACCCUUCGUGUCUCAGAAACUAUAACAAUGACCACCCUCAUGCAGGAGAAGCCUUGCACGGCCGCCUCCUGACACACCAACGUUAGCCUUCCCCUGAACGACCUGCACGACCCCAUCGCCUCCUCGAGGAUGGGAGUCUCAACCAUCCUGCCAGACAAUCAAGACAUGAUUAAUGGCAUGACCAUUUAUGAGGUUGUUCAGAUCUAAUGCAUUUUAAUUUUUGAUAUUUACAAUGUCGUUGGUGAUAAUAUUACACUUAGACCUAUGGAACACUAACUAUCUUGGCCUGGUUCACUGAGCAGGCUUCGUAUUUUUACAAACUCGAGUUCAAUCCCCCGAAGAUCACUGAACGAUUUUCGGGGGAUAAUAAAUGAAAUUUUUUCAUUAUUGUCACAGUGAGACGAGGUUAACACAAGUUGUGAGCCAUCAGAAAUUAUAACUACAAAUAUAUGAAUUUAAUCUUUAAUAUUGAAACACGUGUUUCCAUAGUGUGUUUAUUAUACUAGGUCUUCACAGCCAGUUUAUCCAGACAACGUUUUUACGCUUAACUAAGAUACGUCUUGGAAGACAUCGCACACCUAAGAUAAGCCUACAGUUCUCACAACUAUCAACAAGAUAUAUGAAGAGGUUUGGGAAUCUCAAUCAAUGUCUGAGUGACUAAAUGAGGCUUGGGGGCAUCUUAGCUACUCUCCGAACGAGUAACGGUUUGGACCACUCUGCCAAUCAUUGAGCGACUAAUAAGAGGUUUUGGUACCUUAGCCAAUCGCGGAGCACCUCACAAACGUCUAGUCAGGGAGACGCCGUGACUGACAGCACCAGCUUCACUAUGAUCACAGGGCCAAAUGUGAUUAGUCAGUUACUGUAUUAACCUGGUAGUGAUCUUAUGCUACAUAAUGAAACUGUUCUGAAGAGAAAAAUAGUAGAAUUAAAAACGAAAUUUGUAACAAAGACACUAGAGAAGAUUAGUCUGAAGGAGGGAGAAGGUGGAAGGAGAAGGUGGAGGGAGAAGGGGGGAUGAGAGACCAGGAAA